UGACACCGGCACUGUGCCGCGGCGGCUCGAGCUCGCACGCGAACCGAGAGCGAACGGCGCGCGACGAGAAGCGCGCGAGACGAGACGAGGCGAGGCGAGGCGAGGCGAGAGGCAGACGCCGUUUUAAAACAAGAAGUUGGCGAAGUGACGCUGCGCAGCGAGCGAGGCGCGUGCACGCCGGCCGAGCUGAGAGUCCGCAAGGUUACCGAAGUGCAGCCAAAGAAAAAAAAGAGGAAAAACCACACACAGGAAAGAAACUCCACACGGGAUGUUCGGCGUUUCUUUGUUACGUUACGGUUUAACGGUUUUAGUAUAAAGUCUGGGUUUGGACGCUUUCUGUUCCUCACGCGCUAAUUUCCGCGGAUAAUUGGGACGCGUCCGGAUUCGACUCCAGGGUCUCUGAGUCUCUCUCUCUCUCUCUCUCACACACACACACACACACACUCUCUCUCUCUCUCUGUCUCUGCGGUUUCUGCAGUUCCCGCACUGAAAAGGGGGCAAUGAGAGACCGUUAAUUUCUGUCAUUUUGCCUUGACAACGAAAUGGGAAAAAGGUCCUCAUCUGUACAGUAAGGAUGUUUCCGACCCACAGAGAAAGGGAGCAGCCCAUCUUCAGUACCCGAGCGCACGUGUUCCAGAUUGAUCCAGCUACUAAGCGCAACUGGAUCCCAGCCAGCAAGCAUGCAGUCACUGUCUCUUUCUUUUACGACGCCAAUCGGCAUGCCUACCGCAUCAUUAGUGUGGGAGGCACCAAGCAGGCUAUCAUCAACAGCACCAUCACACCCAACAUGACAUUCACUAAGACAUCCCAGAAGUUCGGCCAGUGGGCCGACAGCAGGGCUAACACCGUGUACGGCCUGGGCUUCGCCACAGAGCAGCAGCUUAACCAGUUUUCUGAGCGCUUUAAGGAGGUGAGGGAAGCGGCUCGGCUGGCUAGAGAGAAAUCGCAAGACAAGAUGGAGCUGGCUAAUGCUGCCCUAAACAUUGCAGCCCCACAGGAUCUCUCAGACGAGUUGCAGUCGCCACCGGUGAUGUGCGUGAACGGUCCGGAGGAUAAACUCUUCCGGAGUCAGAGCGCAGACAUCACACUCUCAUCAGAGAAAGAGCGCAUUAAAAAGAUGCUCUCUGAAGGCUCCAUCUGUGAGAUGAACCUGGAGGCCGAGCUUUUCACCCUACAGGACAGCAACGCUAAACUGGUGGCGGCGCUGCAUGAAGCUAAUGCCAAUGUGGAGCAGUGGAAAAAGCAGCUGGCAGCCUAUCAAGAGGAGACAGAGAGGCUCCGAGACCAGGUGGCAGAUUUGGAGACCCAUGGAGGUCAUGGGCCCAGUGACCUACUGAAGGAUGAGCUCACACAGUCGCUGGAGGAACUCGAGGCUUUACUCAAGGCAAAAGAUGAGGAAAUUCGUAUUCUUCAAGCAAAGAAGUCUAAUUUCCAUGAGAUGGAGCAGGAGAGAGAGGAAGCCAUUCACAGAUUACAGGAGCUGGAGAUGCGCAACAUGGAUCUGGAGCGGCGGGUGCAGAGCGCCGAGCAGAGCCUGGCCUCUACGCUGGAGGAUCGAGAACGCACAGACAACGAGGUCCAAAGGGUCAUCCAGAUCCUCGACGUGAAGCUCUUUGACCUCAAUGACCUGCGACAGAGCCUCGUCAAACUGCUCGAUAAGUAGAGCAAUAGAGCACGAGUGGUCUUCUGACUGAAAGAGCUGAAGCUGAGGUGAAAGAGAGAGAGAAUGACAGAGAAGCGAGGAUCCUGUGCUCGGCUAAAGCUCAGCAGCCCGGCUCUAAGAACCAGAAUGGCUGCCGUUUGAGAGGCGCCACAUGUCAGCACAUAGUGUAGCUAUGCUUUAUAAAUAGAGAAUAUCAGAGGCUAGUGAAUACAGAUAUAUGUUUUCUUUAGUAGUUCUGUUUUCUCACUCUCUUUUUUUUUCUUUUUUCUUUUUCCAGUUAACAAUUUAGCAAUAACUAUCAGUUUAAGUCAGUAUUCAGUUGAUAACGGUUGGGGUAAAGUAUAUUUUUGAUACAUCAGGUAAAGCACGGCAGAAUAUUUCCUUUAAGUAGUAAUGACUCGGACUACAAAUAAUAUAUUAUGUUGCAUUAUUAUUCUAUACUAGAUGUAAACCUACUAUAAUGGUACUUUGCUACUGUUGAAUUAUGGCACAUGCGAAACAAUUGGGUCUUACAGCAAGCAUGAAACAUUUGUAAUAUUGAAAUUGUGACACUUCAUAUGAAUGCAAAAUUUAAAAGUUGAAAAGUAAGUCGGUGUAAUCCGUGUAUGCAGUUUCUUUAUUGCGUCAGAGCUGGAGACCUGUGUAUACCAAAGACCAGCAGAAACAUCACCGUUCUCUGAUCUCAGUUUGAUUACGAUUAAUUCAGUGGUAGAAACUUCUGGUCUGUAUUUAAUCUCACGGUAAUCUUCCUAAGUAAGAUGGGAUGCAAAAGAAAGAAAGAGCCAGGAUGUAAUUUAGGCAAUGCACAACUACUUCUAAUAGAUUCAUAUAGGUAUAUACAGUAGGAUAUUUCUAGGUAAGUAUUCAUUAAGUACAAGUUAAGGCUUUUUUCUUCCAGCGUUUAGGAAUGCCAGCUUGUGGCUUGGGUGAAACUUGCACUGUACUUUUCCAGUUAGAUAUAGGGCUUCUGAUCAUCGUUCAACUUUGAUGUCACAGGCCUUGUCCAAGGCUGCAUGGUUGCGUAUUACUGCAUUGAGCAUUUGUAAAUCGUGUUCCGUGUAUGAUGAGGAAAUGACUAUUGAAUGUGAUGAGACAUUUUGCUCCAUGCAGGCUUCACAUACAAGAUCAGAGGGAAAAUUAAGUUCAAAUGCAGGUUUUAAAUGAUCAUAAAUUAAGCUGCCCUGCAAUUAACAAUUCACUGUAGAAUAUGUGAAGUUUUUUUUUACUUUUACUAAUGGGAGCAUGAUGUGAUUUUAAAGCAUUUUAAGAGCACAUACUCUAGUGUUUUCCUCUUAAGGGAUACUUUUUCUAGCUACAGACCACCUCCUUCGCUUUAGAUCGAUAUGCUGACUGAUGUCCUUGUACAUGAACAGCCUUAUUCUGGUGGAGGAGUGAACAGAGCGAAUGCACAUUUCCAGUAUCAUGAUCGGGUUUCAUGCAUUGCAUUGAUAGAGCAAGUGAGACUUUCUUUGUUGUAAUCACUAUCUUAAAGUGUGCACGGAAAUACACAAUACUGAGCUAGAGACUGGAUAAAACGUGGGCCGCCAGGCCUUGAAUAUUAUUCUUUAUGAACUCUGUUUCUGUGCUGACAUUGUGCACAGCCCCCAAUAAAAAGAAACCGUAAUGCA